GCUUCUCUUAGCUUCUGCAUCAUUGUUGUUGUUAGAGAAGACAAUCCAAGCCAUAGUUUAUAGAACCAGAUUGGAGAGACAUGAAUUCUUCCAGAGUUCUUCAGUUUAUCACAAUAUUUCUCUUGCAUCCUUUCCUCUCUGCAGGUUUAAGUCUUUUAGAGAAACCACCUCCUGUAGAGAUCCAGAAAAAGGAAGAGCUAAACACUCAAGGCUUUCGGGUUCUAUACUCACCUACACUAUCCACCCCAAUACUAGAUGAUGUUCCUGUUGUCAACCCAACAACUCCAGGCACGACAACUCCAAGUGUAAGCCCACCAACCAUGACUACCCCAAUCACAACCCCGACAACCCCGACAACCCCGACAACCCCGACAACCACACCACCCACAACCCCGACAACCCCGACAACCACACCACCCACAACCCCGACAACCACACCAACCACCACCCCAGCAGCAUCAGGUGGUGCUUGGUGCAUUGCAAGUCCAUCUGCAGCACCAACCGCACUACAGGUAGCUCUAGAUUAUGCUUGUGGAUAUGGAGGUGCAGACUGUUCACCAAUUCAACCAGGUGGAAGUUGUUACAACCCCAAUACAGUUCAAGAUCAUGCUUCUUAUGCUUUUAAUGAUUACUACCAGAAGAAUCCAGCUGCCACUAGUUGUGUUUUUGGAGGAACAGCACAGCUCACUUACACUGACCCAAGUAAUGGAAACUGUCACUACGCAUCACCAUCAGCAAGCAUAAGUCCACCAGCAACGACCAUGACUCCACCGGUGACCAUGAGCCCGCCAGUUACCAUGAGCCCGCCAGUGACAACGACUCCAACUACAACCAUACCUGGUGAACCUACAGUUUAUGGUGCAGCAGAGCCAACAGGGCUUCCAAGCUCAGCCACCUCGGUAUCAUGCACCCUAUGGGUGCUUGUUGCCACAAUUGUUCUCAUGGGAACAAUCAACGCAGCAAACCACAUGUAGGUACUACUUGGAAGCCAUCAAGUUGCGCUCGGCAAGGGGCCUUUGAUUCCCAUGCUUGCCCGGAAAAAUUUACACUUUUAUACAAAGCAUUGAGAUUCAAAAUGGAUGUCACCUCAAAGGUCUUAUUCAUCAUAAGAUUAUUAUUAGCCAUAUCUUUUGAUAUAUAUGUAUGUAGAUUAGUUAAGAUGUCAGGGAGGAAACGAGGAAGAGAACAGAAUCUCUUAGGUUUUUGUAUUUGUAGAAUUCUUAUGAUAAUUACUUCCACAGAAAUGUUAGCACAAUGAAUACUUAGAGAAGCC